AUGGAUUCUGCAUCUCUAUUACCAACAUUUUUAGAUGUGGAUUUGACAAUAUCACAUAUAGAAUGUCUUCCCAAGGAUAUUCUUGUGAAAUUUCAAGGCAGAAAUAAUAUUGAAUGUGAGUUUGACUACCACAUAUUGCAGAGGGAAAUACAGCAUAUUCCAAAAGCAAAAAAUAGUGUGGACAUUGAUGAAUUUUGUUUGGUAGAAGAAAGAGGGUCUGGAGAAUGGCAGAGAGGAAGAGUUUUGGAAAAGAAAAACGAACUCUAUACGGUGCUCCUCAUAGACCGCGGAGAAGAGCUAAGAGUUGAUAGUAUGCGGGUUGCUUCAGCCUGUGGCACCGUAUUUGAACUACCACCACGUGUAGUAGUUGGCAUUUUUGCCAACAUAUUACCAAUUGGAGAAAAAUGGUCUUCUAAGGCUUUGAAUUAUUUCAAGUCAUUGGUAGGACUACAAAUGAAAGGUUGUAUACAAGCUAUUUUGCCUCUUCAAAUGAUUCUAAUUGAAGUGCCAAAAAUUAUAUCCCAAGUUCUUGAAUUACAAUUAGGAAGACUUAUUGACGGGGAUUCAUUUCGUCUUAUUGUGACAAUGUUAAAAGAAUUCCCACAACAAAUGCCUGAUUUAUUACAGCAUACGAGACCUGAAUUAUCAUUAAAUAAUAAUGAUACUUUACUUGAUAUCCAACAUAUUCUGGAUAAUUUGCAGCCAUCUUUGUCAGUAGGCAGUACUGAAAGUGUAAAAGUAUCAUCUGCAUUGAGCCCAAGUAAAUUUUAUUGUCAGUUAAUUAAAUGGAUUCCAGAGUUAGAAAACUUGACAGUAUGUAUGAAUUUACAUUAUGAUAUUAUCAGUCAAGAAAGUAGUCCUAUGUGUGAUAAUUUUGGACUGCUUUGUGUUGCCAAACGGAUAAACGGACAGUGGCAUAGAGGAAUUCUUCAGCAGCUCUUGCCCAAUAAUCAAGUGAAAAUUUGGUUUAUGGAUUAUGGCAGUAGUGAGGCUAUACCCUCAAUUCAUGUAAAGAAACUUAAACAGGAUUUUAUUUUAGUACCGUUAUUUUCAUUUCCAUGUUCUCUGACAUGUUUACACAGUCCAGAUAGAGAUGCAAGAAAACUUCAAUUGAGUGUAUUUAAACAAGCCUUGUUAGGACAGAUAGUAUAUGCGCAUAUUGAUUGGUUCAAUAAGGAUGAACAUUUAUAUUAUGUAACAUUACAAACUCUGGAGUCUACAAUUAAUUCUAAAUGUCUGUUGAAGACUGUAGCCACACAAGAACUUUGUCCAGUGUCUGAUUUAAAAAUCUCUAAUAUUUUCAGAGAGACUAGUGCUUCUGAUGUAAAUGGUUUUGCAAUUGAGAGUUUUGUUGGAAAUACUGAAUGGUUGCUAGAGUCUCUAAAUAAAAAAGACACCCUGAAAGUAGAUUUUCCUAUUAAAACUGUAGAAAUGGAAACAGAAGCUGCCUAUGUAGCUUUCAUAGCAUAUGUAUUAAACCCAUCCAAUUUCUGGGUACGCACCAAUGAAUAUCAGAAUGAAUUUCAAGAUAUAAUGAAAAAUAUAAACAAAUUUUAUGAUUUGUGUGAAAAUGAUGAACUGAUUCUAAGAAAUCCAGAACCUGGGUUAUUUUGUUGCGCUAGAUACAGCAAGGACAGAUGUUUUUACAGAGCUGUCAUCACUGAAAUUAAUGGUUAUAAGAUUAAUGUUUAUUUUUUGGAUUAUGGAAAUACUGAUUCCAUACCAUUUUUUGAUGUAAAAAUUUUGCUUCCAGAGUUUUGUGAGUUGCCUGCCUUAGCCAUGUGCUGUUCACUUGCACAUAUAUUUCCUGUUGAAGAUUUAUGGGUGAAGGCAGCAGUUGAUUAUUUUAAAAAAAUUGUUUUGAACAAAGCAAUUUUGCUUCAAGUUAUAGCAAAAAAAGAUGACAAGUACACUGUCAAUAUUCAGAGUAUUGAAGCAUCAGAAAAUAUUGAUGUUGUCUCUCUUAUGGUACAAGCCGGAUAUGCAGAAUAUUGGGAAGUAGAACCAGAAUGUUUCCCAAAAUUCGUAAGUGAAUAUUCAGUGUUAAAUUUAAAAUCCAAAAACAAAGUUAGUAUCAAGAAGGUCUUAUCUGCCCUUCUUGUAGGACCUACACCUAAAAAGCAUUAUUCAAAUAAGCUAAAAGAAAGUAAUUUGUCUUUGUUAAAGUCCCCAUCUGUUAAUUUCUCAAAUUUAAAAAAUCCUUUCACUUUAUCUGUGGGACCUGGGUCACCAUGGCCUUAUAAAGAAUAUAUGUUUAAACCAGGAACAGUCCUUGAAGUUAAGUGUUCUUAUUAUCGUGGCCCCGGUGACUUUUCAUGCCAGCUCCAGUGUAAGUUAGACGACCUAAAAUUACUAAUGGAACAAAUUCAGAAUUAUUAUAGCAUUCAUUCUGAUCCUUAUCAGAUUGGGCAGAUUGCUUGUGUUGCUAAGUAUUCCAAAGAUGGGAAAUGGUACAGAGCUGCUGUUUUGACUCAAGCAUCAAAGAAAGAAGUUGACAUAGUAUUUGUUGAUUAUGGUUACCAGGAAAGAGUUUUAAUUAAAGAUCUUUGUGGUAUUAACCCACUUUUUCUUUUUUUAGAAGGUCAAGCCUUCAGAUGUAGUCUUAACCAUUUAGUCGAACCCAUUAGUUGUAAAUUAUUAAGUUGGACGAGACAAGCAUGCAGAGACUUUGGUAAUUUUAUUUCUUCAUCUAGAGGGUUAUUGACUUGUGUCAUCUAUGCUUUAGUUCUUAUACAUCCAAACUAUUUAUGUAAUUUAGUGGAUUUACAAGCUCCAUUUACUAGUGCAAAAGAAUUUCUUAUUAGUCACGGCUCUGCACAGUAUAGUACAUUAUCAAAGCCAUUCCCAUCUUCAGUGAGUCUUUACAGUUACUGUUAUUCCUCCUUCAACUUAAAAGUUGGAAGUGAGGAAGAAAUAUAUAUAUCUCAUAUAUAUAGUCCCCAAAAGUUUUAUUGCCAACUUAGUAGAAAUAAUAAACAUCUAGAGAUGAUAGAAACAAAAAUCACAGAGAUUAGUAACCUCAAAAAUUGUCCAAAAUAUUCUAGUAAAAUGGGAUUGUGUAUAUCUAAAUAUAUAGAAGAUGGUCUCUCUUAUAGAGGUUUAGCAAUGCCAACAGAUUCGUUAUCUCACUUUCUGGUCUAUUUUGUAGACUUUGGAAAUAAGCAACUAGUAGAAGAAAGUAUGUUGAGGGCUAUUUCAGAUCAGUUUCCAGAGUUGCUGUUUACACCUAUGCAAGCUAUUAAGUGUUUUUUGUCAGAUCUUAGAGAUGUAGAUAUUCCAGCAGAAAUCAAUAGGUGGUUUGAAGAUAAUUUCUUAGGAAAACCAUUAAGGGCAAUAAUAUUGUCCAGGGAGUCAGAUGGCCAGCUUGGUAUAGAAUUGUAUGAUGGAUAUCAACAUAUAAAUCAGAAAAUUAAAAUGUUGCUUCAUGCAUAUGGAAAAAAACAUGGUGACCAAGUACACUAUGUAGAAAAGGGUCAUAAAAUAAAUGAGAAUAAGAGACUUGCUGUUUCUUUGAAAGGCAAAAUAGAAAAUAACAAUCACCAUAGUAUGAUAAAUAACACUAGUCUAGUAACAUAUUCUGAAAGUAAAAUAGAUCAAUUAAUGAAUCCCAAAAGUAUAUAUGCCAGACUUUUGAAACCAUCAGUUUGUUAUAAAAUCGAACCUGUGUCAAAAAACAAAGUGAAGAAAUCUUUGAAUGAUGGACUUAAAAAUAAAGGUAUAAAAAUUGUCUCUGGAUCUGCACAUACUCUUGAUGAAAGUGAUGUGGGCCAGAAAUCAGUAAGGGCUAUGUCACAGUCUUUUAUCAGAGAAUUAAAUCAAGCGGCCUCACAAAACCCAUAUAAUCUUAUGAGACCACAGAUCAAAGACCUUCCUCAACCUCAAAUUUUCUUGAAUGCCAAAGUUAAAGGAUAUGUUUCUAAUAUCAGUAAUCCAGCAAGUUUCCAUAUUCAGCUUGCCGAGAAUGAAAAUGUAAUCAUUCGACUUGCAGAUGCUCUAAAUGAAAGAAGAGCAAAUAUAGUGAAUGAGAGAAAAUCAGUUAAACAUAUGGUGGGAGAUCUUGUAGUUGCAGAAUACUCUACUGACAAUGCCAUUUACAGAGCAGUUAUUAAGAAAAUUUUGCCAGGAAAUUCUUUUGAAGUGGAAUUUAUUGACUAUGGUAAUACUGCAGUAGUAAACACAUCUAAAAUUUAUGAACUUAAGAGAGAAUUCUUAACUAUUCCUAAGCUAGGAAUCCAUUCUUUUCUUAGUGGAGUAAAGUGGAAUGAGCCUAAUGAAAUAUGGGACUGCAAAACUGUGGAUUAUUUUGCUUCAAGAGUAAGUAACAAAACAGUUUCUUGCAAAUUUUUGAAAAAGCAUGAGGAGAAAUGGGAAGUAAAUAUAAUUUGUGAUGAAAAAUGUGUCAUUAAUGAACUACUGAAAUGGACAGCAUGUUCAAAGCUACAGAAAACAGUACUGCAAAUGCCUCAGAUUGUCUCUCAGAAGGUAAGCCCUGGUGAUGAUCAUGAAAUGAAGAAGGGGAGAUCAGAUGAAUAUGAUGGUUCUGUGGUCCUUCAACCAUCCUGCCAACAGCUGGUUAAUAUUCCUUUUGAACACUUAAAACCUGGACAACUUGAAAAAGCUGAAAUACUUCAUGUUUCAAAAAGUGGAACAUUUUAUGUGAAGUUAUCUAAAAAUAAAAAAAUAUUAUCAGAUUUAACAGUAUUAAUUACUGAAGAAGUAAAAAAUCCCUCUUUCUUAACAAUGGAAAAUACUGAAAAAGGCUUAGAAUGUUUGGCGAAAUCUAAAAAAACUUCGAAAUGGUAUCGAUCGAAAGUAGAAAAAAAGUGUGUCGAUGAGACACUGCUAGUUUUUUUAGUUGACUGUGGUUGGUAUGAAAUAGUGCCUUUAUGUAAUACCAAGGUGCUUAGUAAUGAAAUCAGAAAUAUUCCAAGACAAGCUGUGCCUUGUAAGUGGAUUUGUUUUGAAAAUUUUAGGAACAUGCCAUUUGAGUCCGUUGUGCAUUUGUUUGCUCGUUCGGAAAUAAACAUCCUUUUCUUGAAAUAUUUAGAUUCUGCCUGGGAAGUAGAAAUUUUGGUAGAUGGCCUGUUACUUUUGGAAUAUUUAAAUUUAAGUACAGUUCAUAUUGAAGAAAACAAACUUAGAUCUUCAGAAAUUAUUUUCAGCUUGAAAUCUAAGACUCCUGUGUCAUCAUGUACAAUAAGAUCAUUUACUUGGGCACAACUCCAAAAUGGUAGGCAAUAUUCUGGCAUCGCCACUGCUGUUUCUGAUCCAUCAGACUUCUCUGUCCAGUUAGAAGAUUUCUUUGACACAAUGAAAUCUCUCUUUACGUUGCUUUCUGAUCUUCCAGAAAACUUAGAAACAGUACCUCAAGAGCGCAUAAUUCCUGGUUCUGGUUGUUUGUUCAAAUAUGAAUUGGAAGAUCAGUGGAAUAGAGUAGAAAUUUCUGAAGUCUCCCACCAGUCUUUACUUAUUGUGUUAAUUGACUAUGGAUUUUCCGUUUACAUACCUUAUUCAUAUAUAAAAAAUCUUAAAGUUAUUCCUGAGGAACUUUUGAAUUUGCCAAGGCUAAGUUAUCCUUGUAUCUUAUAUGGUAUCUUACCUGCUAAAGGAAAAUAUUGGAAUGAAGAAGCCAAAAGUUUUUUUCAAGAAUUCCUGAGUCAACCAGGCUUAGUUUUUCAGUUUCAGGAAUAUAGUUCUGAAACAAAACUGCAAGUAGAUGUUAUUAAUGAGAAAAACAAUUUGGCAGAUAUGUUAGUUGCAUCUGGGCUUGCAGUGUAUUCUAAAGGUUCAAAUCAUCUUGAUGCAGUUACUACUACUGGAUCUGCUACAGUCCGAUAUAAAUUACAGGGUAAGCCUGUUUGCCCAUUGUUAGAUCAAAAUUGUUACAAAAGAGAAAAUAUAAAUUGUACAUGCAUUGAGAAACAGAAGGUAACAAAGCAGAAAACUAUUAAGAGGAAAGAUGUUUAUAAGAACCUCUUAAGGAAAAACCACAUUAGUAAAAGAUUAUAUUCUAGAAAUUUAACACCGAAGAAGAAGGUUAAUAGUGGAAAACAUAAUCCCCAAAGUCCCAUUGCAUUUGAUAAGUGUGCAGCAGCUUCAUUUUGGGAACUACUUAACAGUUUGAAGAAUGACACCAAUUGCACUGAAAACAUUUUUGAAAAGCUACCAACUGAAGGAAUACGGGGAAAUAACACAAUGAACUUGAAAACAACAGUAGAAGUACCGCAUGUUAAUGAAAAACUAUCAGAAGAACACUUAAAAGUUGCUUGUUCAACUGGAAGUCAGUUUCGAAACAAAUCUGGAAUGGCAACCCAGUUUUCAAGAAGAGUUUUAUCUGAUAUCUUAAAUUUGAGGCAAUAUCUAGACAUCCAAAGGGGAAUGGCUGACAGGUUUUACAUCUUUGGAUUCAAACAACUGCAGAUCGAAAACAGUAUUUUUGAUCUGAGAUUGAGAAUCUUUUAA